AUGUCGAACGUGGAUAUUGUGUACGAAAAGAUUCACUAUAGACAUGAUCCGCGGUGGACUGGCCGCUUGGGUCCCGCUAACGGCGGUACGAUGCUCUGUGUCGCCUGCGUUAUUGAAAUGAUGGAGACCGCGGAGGUGUCGUCUGUGCGGAAGUCUGUGGUGCUGGCUGGUGUUGGCGGGGUACUGAAGCGCUGUCCUGGGGUGCUGAGGGAGCUGCUGCUACAGGAUCACAGGGUCUGCCUCCAUUUUGCUGCCUCCUUGCUGGGGAUGCUGCACACUGUGGAGGACCAGGCCACCCUGGAGCAAGUCAUACAAGUGCUGGUUCAGUUGCUGUUGGAGCUGAAGAGUGAGCAGCUGGUGCAGUAUGUCCUGGAGGAGGUACACACCCAGCUGUGUGAGCAGUCCAGUGUGCGAGGGUUCCUGCCGACCUUCAUCUUCCUGGGGAAGCUGGUGGACUCUGUACCUGCGCUGCCCCAGACCCUGGCCUCUCAGCACAUCCCCCUACUGGAGCAGCUGAGUGCGGGACUCCUCUUCCCAGACGAGGCGCUCAAGUCGUCGGUGUGCUACAUAUUCAGGGGGGUGUGGGGGUGUGCGGUGACGGCCCAGUCCGUCCCCCCGCCCCUCAGGGACAGGCUGUGUGCGCUGCUGUUGCAGACCCUGUCCCAGGCCUGCUCCCCGCAGCUCACCAUCAACUGCCUGGGCUUUCUGAAGCAGCUGCUGAAGCUGGGUGAGGUGGUGUCAGUGCUGAUGAACUGUCACACUGAGCAGGACUUGGCCGAGACACACUGCAGUAAAGACCUGGAUCAGCGUCAGGACACCCGCGUCACCCCCAAACGCUGCUCUCUGCCUCUCAUCCUCAAAAAGCUGUUGCUGAGUGGGGAUGAGACACUGCAAGUGGCCAGUGCCCAGUGUAUGGCAGCUAUCCUGGUGCACUCUCCCAGCCAAUACUGCCCCCCCUUCAUCGAGGCUGACAUACCAGAGUUCCUGUGUGAGCGGCUGUGCAGUCGCAGUGAGGUGCUGCUGUGGUCGGUGUACAGCUGCCUGCUGCUGCUGGCCGAGGACCCGGCCUUCUUCUCCCAGUGUCACUCUGUCUACGGUAUCGAGUCUCUGAUCCGCAGCCUGAAAGAGGCCCUGAGGCUCAACAGCACGGAGGUGCAGAGACAGGGCCUGCUGCUGCUCACUGAGAUACUAGAGAGGCAACCGGUCGGGGUGCGCUUGUUUCCCAGCGGCCCCGGGUUCGUGGGCGCGGCAGAAGUGGUGGUGGGCGGAGUCUCGUCCCCUUGCCUGCAGGUGGCCACACAGGCAGCCCAUGCUGCCUCCGCCCUCCUCAGAGUGAACCACCAGUCCAGCCCUGUCCAGUACAAGGAGCUUAAGGAGGCGGUUGAGGCUGUUACCGCCAGGUGUACCGAACUGCCCUCACCCACCACAGCGCACCGCAGGGGGACUCGGGCAGGCACAGAGCACAGCAGCCACUCCUCCAGAGCGGGAGGGUUUCUGCUUCAGGCACUGGUCUGCUUCCGAGCAGCCUGCAGUCUGGCAGAGCGGUGUGCGGGCGAUCCGGGCUUGAGGGAGAACGCCUUCACAGCUCCCGACAGGCAGAGCGAGGACACGCUGGACUCUUUCUGUCUGUACCUGCUGCACCGCUGCGACACCGUCUGCGUCCCAACCGUCACCAGAUACUGUGAGAGAGCUGCCAGUGCUUCAGUACUGCAGCAGUUCUUCACAAUCCUCUCCUGCCAGUUCUCCCUCCUGCCCGCGCUGAUGCCAGCCUUCUCCACCAAACUGGCCUCAUCUGGUUUCUUCAGACUGGCUCUGGAGUACAAAGCAGCCUUCUGUGCAGGAGACAGGAACCCAGCCCUGAACGAGGCCUGCUCUGACUUUCUGCAGAGGCUGAGCGUGUCUCUGCUGUCUCAGAUGGACACUCACCCACAAGACUGUGAGGAGAUGGAGGGUGUGUUGAAGCGGUGCUUGCCUUCUCUAUGCUGCCGUCUGUCGGAGUGGCCCUCCCUGCUGUGUGAGGCAGCAGGGCCCAGGGUCACACAGUACUGCCUGCUCACCCUGCUCUACCUGGCCAUGCAGCACGGGGACAGGUUGCUGCCCGAGCCCAGCAUGUUCUCCUCUGUGGUGGCGGUGCUGUGCUCAGUACAGGAGCAGGGAGGCAGUGCCCCUCCCCCCUGUGUGCUGAGAGCCGGGCUCUACCUGCUGUCUGUCACCCAGGAAAAGAGCCCCAACCUGGACUGGGCUCCCCUUAACUGCGUCAUUAAAGCCCUGUCGAGCUGCCCCCAUUUCUCCUCCAUCUACACCCACCACCACUCCCUGCUGUACUUUGUCUUCCGCUACCCGGAGCUGGCGGAGAGGUUUGGGAUGAGGGUUCUGGAGCUCUGGCUCACGCACGGAACCGGGUCUGAGGGAGGUGAUGGAGAAGAGGCACCGGACCCCUCCAAACCGGAGCAGAACCGGAACACCUUGGUCCUGUUGUCUUUGGUGGAGAAGAACCCAACUUCUGUCUUGACCCUGCUGGGCAUCGUGUGCACCAGAGAGACACAGGCGGCCUGCAGCGCCCUGGCGGUACUGAGGAGCUUCCUGCUGGCCCGAGCCCGCUGCGACUCCGCCAUCUCCGCCCUCCUUCGGCCCCGUCUGCUGCAGGUCCUGCAGAGAUUGGCUGUGGAGGACGCCGAGGGUCACGGGGCGGGGCAAGGAGCGCCCAGCCCGCUGCCCCUGGUCCUACAGCUGCUGUGCCUGGUCCAGAGCGGCGUCUCCGCGGAGACAGAGAUGGACGGCACCGACUUCAAGCUGCUGUACCACGUGAGCAACCUGGUAGGGAAGUUGAAAGUCUCCUGUACAGAGUUGCUGCUGCCGGCCCUAAACUACUUGUACUGCUGUGUGGGGCUGUCUCCAGCGCACUGCGUUGACAGGGCUGUGUCCAUGUUACUGUGUAACACUGGGCUAAUGGACCAACUCCAGGCAGUGCUUAACCUCUCCCCCUCCCCCUCCUCCUCCUCCUCCUCCCUGCUGUGCUGUGCCCGCCUGCUCCUGUCCUCCCUCGUCCGCCUACAGCACACCCACUCUGCAAAGGUCCACAAAAGCAUUGCUCUGGACCUGGACAGAACUGUGCAGCUCCUUGUCCUUGAAAAGAGAAAGACAGACAGCCUUUUACUGGCCAGUUUCCUCAGGCUGCUACAGACGGUUCUGGAUGUGGACCUCCAGUCCCCCUUGGUCACCCUGACCGCCAUUCCCAGCACACAGCGCCCCCUGCAGGGCGCAGAAUCAGCGCUGUACCCGCUGGGGUCCCACAGGGCACACUGCCUCAUUACAGCACUGUACAGCCUUCUGCUGCAGAAGCAGGAGCUGUUGUUGAGCGGGUCAGCGAACUGCCUGGGGUCUCUGCUGGGGUUUCUAAGCAGGAGGAGUCCUGACACAGCCCUGCAUGUGGCCCGGCAGCCCUGGAGCCGCUUCCUGGUCUACGCCCUGCUGAACUCUGGGGAGAGCUGCCUGCUGCACCCGGCCGUGCUGCAGCUCCUCAGUCUGCUGGUGAGGUUUGGCAGUAAGACGGUCCUCUGGGACCCUGACCUGGAGCAGGUGUUUGAGGUGGUGGACAGAAGAGGACUGAAGGAGCUUGGAGAAAGCACAGUGCAGGCCCUGAAACAGCUGCUCACACAGGUCCUCGGCGGUAUCUCCCACGAGGGCCCCACACUGAAACACAGACAGAGAGCUCAGAGUCUGCUGGACUCCCUGAGCUCUCUGCCUGCCUCUGACACCCAGCACGACCGCGUUCUACGUGCUGGAGAACUGUCCGUUUGUCUGUCUGACUUCACAGUGAAAACGGGGUAACAGUGAGGGGCAUAGCAC